AUGCAAGCUAAGAAACGUUAUAUUUUAGUUUUUAUAUCAUGUGCAUUUCUUGCAUAUUGUUAUUUUGGUGGUUAUAGGCUGAAAGGUGGAGGAGAUUCAUCAAGUAGUAGUGCAAUAGCAUGGCGUAAAAAGUCCUCCAACCUUCAUUAUCAGCACCGUCACAGGCAUAAAGAAAUAAAUAAAUUUCACGAUGGUUCAAGUUUACCUAGUAGUAGAACACGCUUGAAUAAAAUAAAAUCUUGUCGAAUGGAGACAUGCUUCGAUUACACUAAAUGUUUAGACCAAUUUUUAAUUUAUAUUUACCCUCCGGAGCCAAUCAAUUCAUUUGGUUUGCCACCAGUUAGCCAAAAUUAUCAAAAAAUUCUGACAGCUAUACGUGAAUCCAGAUAUUAUACUUCGAACCCGGAAAAAGCAUGUUUAUUUGUGUUGGGGAUUGAUACAUUAGAUCGUGAUAAUUUAUCUGAGGAUUACGUGCGUAACGUGCCAUCACGGUUGGCAAGGCUUCCAUAUUGGAACAAUGGUCGUAAUCACAUAAUUUUCAAUUUAUAUUCAGGUACAUGGCCUGAUUAUACAGAACAUUCCCUUGGGUUUGAUCCAGGUGAAGCAAUUUUAGCUAAAGCCAGUAUGAGCGUACAGCAUAUGCGUGAAGGAUUUGAUAUUAGCAUUCCAUUAUUCCAUAAGCAAUUUCCUUUAAGGGCUGGAAAUACAGGAUUUGUGCAAACAAAUAAUUUUCCUACAGCCAAAAAGUAUUUAUUAGCUUUUAAAGGUAAAAGAUAUGUUCAUGGAAUUGGUUCAGAAACAAGAAAUUCACUUUUCCAUUUACAUAAUGGGAAAGACUUAGUAUUAGUUACAACAUGUCGUCACGGGAAAAGUUGGAGAGAAUUACAGGAUUCUAGAUGCGAUGAAGAUAAUAGGGAAUAUGAUAGAUAUGAUUACGAAACAUUGCUUCAAAAUUCUACUUUUUGUUUAGUUCCUCGUGGGCGUCGUUUAGGUUCCUUUCGAUUUUUAGAAGCUUUGCAAGCAGGUUGCAUUCCUGUUUUGCUAUCAAACGCAUGGGUAUUACCAUUUGAGUCGAAAAUUGAUUGGAAGCAAGCUGCAAUAUGGGCUGAUGAAAGACUUUUACUUCAGGUUCCUGAAAUUGUAAGAUCAAUAUCAACAAAUCGCAUACUUGCAUUACGUCAACAAACUCAAAUAUUAUGGGAACGUUAUUUUGGUUCAAUAGAAAAAAUUGUUUUUACAACUUUAGAAAUAAUACGCGAACGAUUGCCAGAUUAUCCUGUUCGAAAUAGUUUAAUAUGGAAUACUUCGCCCGGUGCUUUGCUAACUUUACCAACAUUUUCAGAUUCUGUUAAAUUAAUGCCAUUUUUAUUAGAUAAUAUGGGCGCAAAGCCCCGUCAUAACUUCACAGCAGUCAUAUACGUGCAAAUUGGUGGUCCAAUAUCACCAAACUCUGCACUUUAUAAACUAGUCAAAGGCAUAACAAAAAGUCAGUUUGUAGAUAGAAUACUUAUUUUGUGGGCAUCAGAUCGCUCCAUUCCUUCAAAGAAAAGAUGGCCUUCGAUGGGUCAUAUACCAUUUAAUGUGAUACCUUCAAGACCUAGUAUGUCCCAAAGAUUUUUUCCAUAUCAAGAAAUAAAAACUGAUGCAGUCAUAUCAUUGGACGAAGAUGCUAUUUUAAAUACUGAUGAAAUAGAUUUUGCAUACACGGUUUGGAGAGAUUUUCCUGAACGCAUUGUUGGUUACCCAGCGCGAGCACAUUUUUGGGAUGAUUCUAAAAAUGCAUGGGGUUAUACAUCAAAAUGGACCAAUUAUUAUUCAAUUGUGUUGACUGGUGCUGCUUUCUAUCAUCGUUAUUAUAAUUAUUUAUAUACAAAUUGGCUAUCAUUACUUGUUUUAAAGACUGUACAACAAUCUUCCAAUUGUGAGGAUAUUCUUAUGAAUCUCCUUGUAUCUCAUGUUACUCGUAAACCUCCAAUUAAAGUAACACAACGUAAAGGUUAUAAAGAUCGUGAAGGUGGUCGGUCACCAUGGAAUGAUCCUGAUCAUUUUAUACAACGGCAAGGAUGUUUAAAUACAUUUGCAGCUGUAUUUGGAUAUAUGCCAUUAUUACGAUCAAAUUUACGUUUAGAUCCAGUUUUAUAUCGAGAUCCUGUUUCAAAUUUAAGGAAGAAAUACCGACAAAUUGAAUUGGUAGGUAGCUAGCGAUUCGCUAUUGAAUCGACAUAUUAAUUUUUUUUAAUUAAUUAUUAUAAUACUCUUAAACAUAAUCAAAAAAAAUCUUUAAUAAAAUAUCUGAAUAUAUUUACAUAUUUCUGCACUUUACC